GCGCGGCGAAGGGGCGGGGCCGCGCAUAAUCGCGCCGCGACCGGCGGGGAUGAGAAAACUUGUCCCGGAUAUUUACCUGAAACCAGGGCCCGCCGGAGGACGCGCCCCGUCCCGACCGCUCUCCGCACCGGAGCACGACCCCCGGGCCGCCAGGAGGAGAGUGGGGGGGGGGAGGAGAAGAAAAGGAAACUAAAUAAGAAACGCGCCGUCUCUGAAGCAGGACGACUGAGAACGCCUCUCGGACAAGUCAGCCCGGAGCCACUGAAUAGCUGACCUGACAACCGGGGCGAAAUACAUGUUCCUUGAUAGUGAUGAGCGGAUGGCGGGUUGUUUAUCUUGAGAGGGAGGCCGAGUUACCUUGGUAACAGACAUGCCAAAACCUGACCUACUCUGCCUAGUUCAGCUGCUGGACGGCACUAUCCACACUUUCAGAGUCAGUAAACAGGACGAAGGUGCGAUUCUGUUGGACCUCGUUUGUGACUAUCUGGGCCUCCUGGAGAGGCAACUGUUCAGUCUGCAGCUCCGAGAAUCCAGCACAUCCAUCUGCUCCAUCACAACCAACACACCCACUCCGAGGUGGUUGGAGCCCGAAAAACCAUUGAAGAAGCAGCUGAAAGGGCUCGUCUCUCCCUUCUAUCUGAAUUUAAGAGUACGGUUCUUCAUCUCGGACCCCAACUCCCUGCAACAUGAACAGACGAGGCACCUGUACUUCCUGCAGAUCAGGAGCGACAUCAGAGAGGGAAGGUUGAAGUGCCCGCUGAGUGCAGCUGUAGUAUUGGCCUCUUACACUGUUCAAUCGGAGCUGGGUGAUCGCUGUCCGUCUCAUCUCCCCGGCUACCUGUCCAAGUAUCACUUCCUCCCAGGGCAGGACGAUGACUUCCUCUCCAGGGUGGAGGAUCUGCACCUACAGCACAAGGGCCUGAAGCAGAGUGAGGCCGAGCUGUGUUUCCUGAACACGGCGCGGACGCUGGAGUUGUACGGCAUGGAGCUGCACGCUGCCAUGGACUCCAACCAUGGCCCGGCGUUGGUGGGUUUGGCCUCAAACGGCGUUGCAAUAUUCUGCAAUAUGAUUUGCUGCAGCUUCUUCCCUUGGGGGAACAUCAUCAAGAUCUCCUUCAAGAGGAAACGCUUUCUCAUCCAUCUCAAACGCAAACAUGGGGAGACUCAGGACUGCGAGGUGUGUCUGGCUCUGCCCUGCCCUAAGACCUGCAAGAACCUGUGGAGGUCCUGUGUCGAUCAUCACACCUUCUUCAGCUCCAACCGGACCACCAGGAGCCCCAAAAUGAACAACACCACAUUCCAGGCCUACAGCAAGUUAAUCACACAGCACCUUGGCCUGGGCAACAACAAAGAGAGUGGCCCGGUGUGUCGGCGUGUGGUGGGAGGCAUGGUCUGGAAUCCGGUCCCGAGGAGGUCCGUCACGCUGGAGAAUCUAGAGACCAAAAGUCUGCCUUCUAGAUCCCCCCCGAACACACCCAACUGGCGAAGUCCCAGGGUUCGCCAUGGCGUCCGUAAGCCCCGCCCAUCUUCAGUGGAGCUGACCAGUGAUUUGAAAGACAUGUCAGAGGGGGAGGACGUGUUUUACACUUACAGGACCUCGGUCAGCAGCAGCAGGGACAGCGAUGGAGACGCCUCCCCGCAUCGUCUCUCUGGCACAUAUAGCCAAGGGCAGGGGGAGAGGUUGUCGCAGGUUGAUGACAUCAGCACAGGAGAAGAGUAUGGUGAGCCCAGCUCACACUACUGGAGCAAGGGCACACCCGGGGAUGGCGACCUGCUGCUGAUACGCAUCGCCCCCGAUCACGAGGGCAAGUUUGGCUUCAAUGUUAAAGGCGGGGUGGACCAGAAGAUGCCUCUGGCCAUAUCCCACGUCAAACCUGACUCCCCGGCGGGGCGAUGUGAGCCCAAACUGCUGGAGGGAGACCUGGUGGUGCUGAUCAACGGUCGAGACAUUUCCGAACACACACACGACCAGGUUGUCAUGUUCAUACGAGCCAGCAGGGAGUCGCACUCCAGAGAACUCGCCUUGCUCAUUAGACGUAAAGGUUCUGGUCGUGUGGCACCCCUGCUGCAGUUUCCUCCCGCCCUCUCACUCGCUGGCCAAUCACAGGGGGACAAGCCCCAGUCACUUGGCCAAUCGGAGUGGGUCAGUACGCUGGAGGAAUCAAUGAGACAGCUCGAGAGGGGUAUCCAGUCCGGGACCCUUUGCUUCCACUUUGAGAACCUUUACAGGAGGAAACCUGGUCUAUCACUGGCCUGUGCUCAGCAGCCUGAGAACAUGGACAAGAACAGAUACAAGGAUGUGUUGCCUUAUGACGUCUCCAGAGUGAUUCUUCAGGACAGGGAGGACUACAUCAACGCCAGCCACAUUACAGUGGCGCCCCCUGUGUCUGCUGUGUGUUUACGUUACGUAGCGGCUCAGGGCCCUUUGCCACAGACCUGCAACCAGUUCUGGCAGUGCGUGUGGGAGCAGCAGGCACACACCAUCAUCAUGCUCACCACGCUGACAGAGAGGGGACGGACCAAGUGUCACCAGUACUGGCCGCACCCCCCGGAAGUGAGGGAUUACGGCUACCUGAGAGUGAGCUGUCACUCGGAGGAGUGCAACCUGGCCUACGUCACGCGGCGGUUCACCCUGAGGCACACACAGCGGGGCGAGGAGCGUGCAGUCACACAUCUUCAGUAUGUUGCAUGGCCGGAUCAUGGUGUGCCAGAUGACCCCUCUGACUUCCUGCAGUUUGUAAGCUCUGUCAAAGAGAGGAGAAGAGAGGAGCCAUUAAUGGUACACUGCAGCGCCGGGAUUGGACGCACCGGUGUUCUCAUCACCAUGGAAACGGCGCUGAUGCUGUUAGAGAAGGGUCAGCCUGUGUACCCGCUGGACAUCGUCCAAACACUGAGAGACCAGCGAGCCAUGAUGGUCCAGACCACGUGUCAGUUCCAGUUUGUGUGCGAAGCUCUACUGCGGGUCUACAAAGAGAAACAGGAGGGGUCCGCAGCGCCGCCAUAGCCCACCCCUCCUCACUGCCAGCUCGCCCCAGUGGGACCGGAGAAGGCUCCCUUAACAGUCCAGCCUCAUUCCACAGCUUGACCACUCCCAGAGAUCCGCUACAAUCACUCCUGCGGGACCAACGUAUCGACUGGAUAAUAAAAGUGCACAGAUCACCUCCGGUGCACGGCCCUCUGAUCUGCAUAGCCUAGAUUCGAUUGAAGAACGUGAAUCUCGUACCUCCACUGGCGGCUAACAGUACAGUAACCGCAUGUUAACUGAUUAGAAAACUGAUUUCAGCUGCUGCCUUUUGUCUGAGAGGCCGGCCGGGACUGAUGCCACACUGCCAAGAGUGCCUCUACUCCUCUAACACUAAGCUACAUAGCCCGCCGCGGAGCUUCUGUCCAGUCCUCAGGUACCCCUUCCCCUGCUGAUUCCCUUUGCAACCAUAUGGGGCCCCGCUUGUGGUUACUCAGCCAAUCACGUUACAGCGUUCGACCAAAUCUGGCAGAACGGAAGUGCUGAUUGGUUUCGUUAAGUGCAAGAUGGCUGAAGGGUUGCAAGAAAACCUGCGGGACAGGAGGUCGGGGAAAUACCGGCAAAGACCGGCGGACCGAGCGGAGCGACAAGAACAAGGCCAAGAUAGUUACCGUCUCUAUAGUUUACCCGCGUUUCUGUCUUGAGAUGGAAGCGUGUGCGAAGCCUUAGACGGCAGUAGCGGAUUAGGUCACUGCAGCAGCACACACAGCUCGCCAGAGGAGCACUGAACCGACCAUUGUACCAAUCACCCUUAAAUUAUUGAGACGCUAAAUAAACCGAAUGAUUUAUACU